AUGGGUUUACUGGCAAGUGCUGCGACACAAACUCAGCGCAAACUCAAUGUUGACGUUUUAAAUCAACUCAAAAUUCCAAAAGGUAAACUAUGGGGUGAUCUACAACAAGGUCAAAAUAUUGAGUGGAAUGGGCAGUCCGUCUUAAGUCAAGAUGUUCUCAUUCAAAACACUCAAAGUGUUUAUGCCAUUGUCGGUGGAGAUAACGAUCAGCCAGAAUUACUAUCGAACGCUUGUCAGGAUGCAGCACUGCUGAUUCAUGAAACAACCUAUACUCAAUCGAUAUUAGACAAAGUAGGCGCAGGCCCAAUGCACAGUUCUGCGAAAAUGGUCGCUGAGUUUGCAGAAUCGAUUCAACUACCUAAUUUAAUUGCAACGCAUCUCAGUGCCCGUUACCACGAUGCACAAGAUGGUCGUUCUAUCGUGUGGAGAUAUGGAUAUCGCCCAUUGUGUAGGAAUGCUGGGUACAGGAUCUAUCCCUCGCCCAACAUGAGCAAAACAAAGCUCAGCUUUGUUUGCAGCGCAAGAAAUAAAGAUAAAAACCUAUAA